CAAACUAACACCUGGAACAGAAUAUGUCCUUGCCUGCCGAAUUACCGACAUUAAAUUACUGUCUGCGACCUUGAGUGUUUCAUCCUCCAGACAUGGAAGUCGUGAUCCAUCGGGGUUUCCUUAGCUACAAACGUGGCGGACGAGAUGAGCGGAUUGCACGAAGGCUCUAUGACACAUUUCGCAAUAACGGCGUAAACAUGUUCUCAGAUUUCGGGGACUUGCACACAGGAGUGGGCUUCGAAGACCAAAUUCGCGAGGCGUGCGAAAACUCUGCGGUCUUUGUCUGCAUCCUCUCCAUACGCUACGUGCAGAGUUAUUGGUGCAUCCAGGAGCUUCUCUUUGCUCGUAUGGCCGAAAGGAGGAUUCUCCCCAUCUUUAUCGACGAGGCGGGCGACGUCUCGAGGGCACUGCCAGCAGCGGAGAUCGCGGCAAGGCUUAGAUCAAGCGGCUGGGAACCUAUGACGGGGAACACUGUGAGGAGCGCGUACAACAGUGCUGCAUCGGUUCAGGCGCUGCUCAUGACCGGGGACGACGAUGGGCCGAUGCAACGGUUUGCAGCACCUGCCUUGGACAUUAUUCAGGAGGAGAGCUCGAGCUGCAUGUGGCGCAUGUGGGACCACAACCCAAGCUACAGGAGCCUGCUUGACGACAUGAACUCCAGGUUCCUGUGCUGUGUCAACAGUCUCCGGCAGGAGGAAGACGACCAUGAGCUCAUAGCCGAUGUCCGCUUGAUCCGUGCUGCUAUGAGGCGGGCGGAAGCACUGAUGGCGGGCCAGGCGGGUGGAGGAUUUGACUCUUACCUCCGUGCGGCUGGCGUUGGCUACCGUUCCGCCAAAGAACAUCGGGGCUACAACCACGACCUGGAUGGUGUCAUGGAGCACACAGGGCAGUCAACCCUGCACCACAUGUACACACACAUUGGCUGGGGCGUCAGAAGUACCAACGGGGGAAGGCAUUACUGGGUGGUGCUGCUCGUGGAGGCCCUCUAGUGUAUGACAGGCACCUUCAGCGACAUUCGAGAGCGUGUGAGUGUGGCAGGCAACACUAGAAUACGACGUGCAGGCCGUCAUGUUCGUUUUGAAUGGCGGUAAUAAAGAAACACGCCGAAGUUACCGCACGUUUUCCUCGUGUGACCAGGUAUGUUACUCGAGCCUUGUUUGGUCUGCUUUUGACAUUUAGUGCGGGCAUCGGGGUUUUACGGCCACGGAUCACCACAGUUGCGGUGCUUGCAACCAACUUCAUAGUUAACCUGUGUGGACUGUCGCUAAAUUUGAAGUGCCAUGGGUUUGGCAUGCACCCUAAGAAGGUACACGCACUAGCUUCCCGUUUGUUUUUUUGUUGUGGUCACGUUUAUUUAGCAAACCCGGUACGUGUUCGUGGCUGUCGGCAAUGGGUGUAGAUUUACGGUCGUGCACCUAACCGUUGUGGUCCUGAGGCUUUGGCGUCAGGAAAAGGUGGUGCGUUUCUCACCUGGAACGUGUUCACUUCUUGGCCUUAAGUGUAGUCCGGUAAAUGGUCGAUCUAUGGUGUUGUAGAAGUGGCGAUGUGGUGGGAGAGCUGUUUACGCCGCCAUGUCCUGGCCAUUCUUAGCAAGCUUAGUACGGGUUCGGUAGGUGUUGUCGGCAUAGUAUGAGUUCGAGUUUGGCUGCCCAAGGUCCAGAAGGCUGACGGAAAAUGUCAUUACAGGUUCCCGCGUGCGCCUGACAGCUUGUUGAACCUGUUCUAACCUAUCUUGCUAAAACAUGUAUUGCCGCUUGCAUGAUCUGGUAAUUGGUUGGGAGUGCCGUGUGUGUGGCGAGGAGGUAGGUUUGUAGGGGCUUUAUGAGGCGGCCACAACGGCCUGGCCACCCAUGUGUUCUACGACAGUUUGGUUAUGGUAGUUGGCAUGCGUGUGCUCCUAGUUUACUACUGCCCCGUUGCUUUGUAGGGGCUGUAUGAGGCGGCCACAACGGCCUGGCCACCCACGUGUUCUACGACAGUUUGGUUAUGGUAGUUGGCAUGCGUGUGCUCCUAGUUUACUACUGCCCCGUUGCUUUGUAGGGGCUGUAUGAGGCGGCCACAACGGCCUGGCCACCCAUGUGUUCUACGACAGUUUGGUUAUGGUAGUUGGCAUGCGUGUGCUCCUAGUUUACUACUGCCCCGUUGCUUUGUAGGGGCUGUAUGAGGCGGCCACAACGGCCUGGCCACCCACGUGUUCUACGACAGUUUGGUUAUGGUAGUUGGCAUGCGUGUGCUCCUAGUUUACUACUGCCCCGUUGCUUUGUAGGGGCUGUAUGAGGCGGCCACAACGGCCUGGCCACCCACGUGUUCUACGACAGUUUGGUUAUGGUAGUUGGCAUGCGUGUGCUCCUAGUUUACUACUGCCCCGUUGCUUUGUAGGGGCUGUAUGAGGGCGGCCACAACGGCCUGGCCACCCAUGUGUUCUACGACAGUUUGGUUAUGGUAGUUGGCAUGCGUGUGCUCCUAGUUUACUACUGCCCCGUUGCUUUGUAGGGGCUGUAUGAGGCGGCCACAACGGCCUGGCCACCCAUGUGUUCUACGACAGUUUGGUUAUGGUAGUUGGCAUGCGUGUGCUCCUAGUUUACUACUGCCCCGUUGCUUUGUAGGGGCUGUAUGAGGCGGCCACAACGGCCUGGCCACCCAUGUGUUCUACGACAGUUUGGUUAUGGUAGUUGGCAUGCGUGUGCUUAGUUUACUACUGCCCCGUUGCUUUGUAGGGGCUGUAUGAGGCGGCCACAACGGCCUGGCCACCCAUGUGUUCUACGACAGUUUGGUUAUGGUAGUUGGCAUGCGUGUGCUCCUAGUUUACUACUGCCCCGUUGCUUUGUAGGGGCUGUAUGAGGGCGGCCACAACGGCCUGGCCACCCAUGUGUUCUACAAGAGUUUGGUUAUGGUAGUUGGCAUGCGUGUGCUCCUAGUUUACUACUGCCCCGUUGCUUUGUAGGGGCUGUAUGAGGCGGCCACCACGGCCUGACUGCCGUCAUGUCUAUCUAGGUCCCGUAUACAGGGCAAGCGAGGCACAGCUUGUCCACCCAUGUGUUCUACGACAGUUGAUUUGGUUAUGGUAGUUGGCAUGCGUGUGCUCCUAGUUUACUACUGCCCCGUUGCUUUGUAGGGGCUGUAUGAGGCGGCCACAACGGCCUGACUGCCGUCAUGUCUAUCUAGGUCCCGUAUACAGGGCAAGCGAGGCACAGCUUGUCCACCCAUGUACGGCUAGCAAAGGGAGCGACUGUGCCUGCAACAUGGCUUCAUACCAGGUGUAUCCUGCUGUAGGCGUAUGCGUCUGUUUUCUAUUCAUCAAUGUCAUGACUGUUCUGUGAUCCAUUGUCGUGCAAGUUGCAGCAGAGGCAUCUAACACUGUGCUAUGGGUCAUGGUAUUAACUGCACCAGUAAGGUCCUCGCCCG